AUGCUUGACUAUGCGUUCAACAAGGGUCAUCGUGCCCGUUUCAUAGAGAACAGAGUGAUGCUCCCGCCACUGCGCAUGAGGGGUCAUGCGAAUGCCGUGAAAAUGGAGUACGACGAGCGCUACGCGUCGUACUUCAGGAGAGCCCGAUUGCUUGGUUUCGUCCUGCAGUUCAAGCGUCAGCCGCCGACGCUCGUCCACGCAGCUCUCACGACUUUGAUUGACCGGUGGCGACCCGAGACGCAUAGUUUCCAUCUCCCAUGCGGGGAGAUGACAGUGACCCUUGAGGAUUGUGGGAUGAUUAUGACCCUACCGAUCGAGGGUCAUGCACUCACCGGGCGAGUGGAGAUGACCAACUGCAGCAGAGGGUUACCACCCUCAUCGGCGACUGCCCCGACGCUAAGGCUUGACGAGGCAACCAAGAGGACGGAAGAUACUUCUGGUAUGGGUGGAUAUGUGUGGGCCCUCUCCAUUUGGAUGUGGGAGCGGCUGCCGGUGGGGGCGUCCGGAGAAGUUAAGAAGAGGUCCAUGGGAUGCGUAAACUGGUGGCCGUAUCAUGACCAAGAGUGGGGGUUCGAGCUGAACGUGAUGUGCGAGGAGGACAACGAUCUUUGGCGAUGCAUGGUGCCCAUGCUAUGUGUGUGCGCCGUCGAGUGGCACUUGCCACACCGCGUGGCCGCGCAGUUUGGGAUCUACCAGCAUACACCACCGGGCAUGUCGAACGAUACCGGUGGCCACGAACUCCACUUGAUGAGCCGGAAGAAAAAUCAGUCGAUCACAGAUUGGGGAGCGCAGCAUAAAACUUUUGUGACGGAGUGGAACCGGCGCAGGUGGCGUAAAGAUGUGGAGAGGCGAGUGCUUGACUGGGGUGAUAACGCCCAACACAUGAGGUGGUACGACGAUGGCCAGAAGCACCGUCUUCGUCUCAGGCCUCGGUGGAUGACAGAAGAUAUCGCGCAGCUGGAGGAGGAUGCCCCCGAGGAAGAGGCCUACCAGUCCGGCGGGCUGAACAGAUGCAUCUUUGAUGGCUCGGAUGCACUAGGUCAUGCCCCCGGGAACGGAGAUUCUGAGAACAACAUGAGGGAGACGAUGAGGAAGUUCGUGAAGCGUUGCCACAAGCUGGGUAACGUCGCUUCAUCGAGCCAUGCUGCCUCGUCGUCUAGGUUGGUUGAGGAGGAGGAGGAGGAAGAGGAGGAGGAGGCCCAUGAAGAAGAAGAUGGGGAGGAGAGAAAUGGGGAGGAGGAGUACAAUGAAGAUUACAGACCUCCAUCAACUCAAGCAUCUCAGCUUCCGAAGAGGAAUAAGCCAAAGAAGGAUUGGCAGAGUCCAUCCCCAUUCCAAAAACCGAUUUCUCGAGAAGGGCGCAAGAAGAAGCCAGACGAGAAUCGUUCAAAGAACAAUAAGGACCAAACUGGGCCAGAUCGCGAAAUUCUUUUUGAUAAAAGGGUCAAAACCCGAAAUUCAGCCUCUUACCGGUUCCGACGCCCUACCCACUCUCUCCAGAUCUCGCUCGUCUCCCCUGGUCCCGCCUCGCCGUCGGUAACGAUGAACCGCCACCGCCGUGGCAACUUCGACGGCCUCCCGAUUCCGGCCGACAAAUCUUACCUGAAGGAAGGGCUGUCGCGGAUCGACGAGGGAUGGGCCGCGGCGCGGUUCGACUCGCUGCCGCACGUCGUGCACAUCCUCACCUCGAAGGACCGCGAUGGCGAGAUCCAGUUCCUCAAGGAGCAGAGCGACCUCAUCGAGGACGUCGUUGACGAGGUCGUCCACGCGUACCACCAUGGUUUCAACAAGGCCAUCCAGAACUACUCCCAGAUCCUGCGGCUGUUCAGCGAGUCCGCCGAGAGCAUCACCGGCCUCAAGGGGGAGAUGUCAGAGGCCAAAAAGCUGCUUGGGAGGAAGAAUCAGCACCUUGGGCAGCUAUGGUACAGGUCCCUCACGCUGCGCCACGUGAUCUCCCUGCUGGAUCAGGUUGAGGAUGUUGCCAAGGUUCCUGCUCGGAUUGAAAACUUGAUGGCAGAGAAGCAGCUAUACGCCGCAGUGCAGUUGCAUGUUCAGUCAAUGCUGAUGCUAGAGCGGGAAGGCCUUCAAGCGGUAGGUGCUCUUCAAGAUGUUCGAUCUGAUCUAACAAAGCUGCGUGGUGCACUGUUCUACAAAAUUUUGGAAGAGCUGCAUUGCCACCUAUACAACAAUGGUGAAUAUAGCUUGGUGACUUUAAGCAUGGUUGACAGUGAGGACAUACCAACUUCUGGAGCCACUGGUCGCUUAGUAAACAGCAUGCAGCCUCUGUCCAGGAGAACAAUGUCUAUUAAAGGUGAAAAUCACUUUAGUGGACCAGCUACUGCAGAUGGGAUAACAAAAACUAGUUCUGUUGGAUGUUCUUCAUUUGAUGGCCCAGACGAUGAUAGUAGCUUAGGUGGUGGGUGUGGUCGGAAGGAUUCCAAAAGUUUCUCUUGUGAAAUUCCGAUUUUCCUUUCUUGCGCUACACCAGACGAGUUCCUUGAAUCAAUGAGAAAGGCAGAUGCUCCCCUCAAUGUGAAAUACUUAAGAACAUUGGUGCAAUGCUUAUCCAUGCUUCAAAAGGUUGCAGCUGCUGGAGCUGUGAUAUGCCAAAGAGUUCGCCCGACAAUUCAUGAUGUUAUCACUUCAAAGAUUAAAUCAUAUGCUAGAGAGGCUUCAAAGUCCAAUAUAGAUAAAGUUGCAAAAAGAACGGCAUCGGAUGUGUCACAUUCACAUGGAGCUGUCACCCGUUACCAACUACCUAAACAGAAAAAGAAGAAUGAGGCAUCGACAUUGGCAACACAACUUGUUGCUAGUCCCAUCUCUCCAGUUAUGGCACCCACAGGAGAUGCUCAGCAUGCAGCUAGUCAGCUUCUUGGUUCAAUAUUUGAGUGUCUAGUAGGCAUACUUGAGAACCAUAUUACUGUUGGAGAGCUUCUUGAACAAAAAUCAUCAACUGACGUUGACAGUGUAAACACACCUCAUGUGGCAAAUGGGGACACAAGCUGGAAUCCAGAUUCUGAAUACUCCCAACCUACUGGUGGUUUUAGUGUUGCAUUCUCUCUGUCAGUUGUUCAGAGCGAGUGCCAGCAACUUCUGUGUGAAAUUUUGCGGGCAACUCCAGAAGCUGCUACUGCAGAUGCAGCUGUUCAAACAGCUAGGCUUGCAAAUAAGGACCCAGUGAAGGAAAAGAGGGAUGGAUCAGAAGGCCUUUCUUUUGCUUUUCGCGUUACAGAUGCAGCAAUCUCUGCGCAAAAUGAAGGUCAAGGAUGGAGAAGAAACCCAGCUGUACCCCAAGAAGGGUAUGGAACAGCAAGCAUCAUACCUGAUCAAGGGAUUUUCCUAGCUGCAUCAGUUUACCGUCCUGUCUUUGAGUUUAUGAAUAAAAUAGGAUUGAUGCUUCCUCGAAAGUAUUCACAACUUGGGAAUGAUGGCUUAUUGGCUUUUGUGAACAACUUCUUGAAGGAGCACUUCUUGCCAGCAAUAUUUGUAGACUAUAGAAAAUGUGUUCAGCAGGCUAUAUCUAGUCCAGCAGCAUUUAGACCACGUGUAAAUGCAACCUCAGUAUAUAGCUCACUAGUGGAGAAUGGCCGCCCUGUACUACAAGGGCUUCUGGCUGUUGAUAUAAUUGCCAAAGAGGUUCUUGGUUGGGUUCAAUUGAUGCCGAUCUAUGCUGCUGAGCUUGUUGAGUAUGUUCGCACCUUUCUGGAACGUACACACGAAAGAUGCCGUGCAUCAUAUAUGGAGGCUGUUCUUGAGAAACAAAGUUAUAUUCUCCUCUCACGGAGUGAUGUUGAAAGUUUAAUGCGCCUGGACCCUGCAAAUGCUUCUUUGCAAAAGUCUUUCGGUCAACUUGAUAACGACAUUCCAGAUGCAGGAAUUGAAGUGGAGAUUGAACUAAGUGACCUCCUAUUGGAUAUGUGCCCGAUAAAACAGGAAAACUUGAUCCAUGAUGACCAGAAAUUGAUAUUGCUGGCAUCUCUUAGCGACUCCUUAGAAUAUUUAGCAGAUUCAGUUGAAAGGCUUGGUGAGUCAUUUAUAAGUCCAUCCACCAUCUCAGAAAACAAAAGUGACAUACACCAAAGUCACCAUACUCGCACAACUAGUGCAAUUCCGAAAAGCCUUGCGUCUCUUGCUAAUGAGUACAGAAGGCUAGCAACCGAUUGUGUUAGAGUCUUGAGAUUGGAAAUGCAGUUGGAGACAAUAUAUCACAUGCAGGAAAUGACAAAAAGAGAAUAUGUAGAAGAUCAAGACGCUGAAGAUCCUGAUGACUUCAUCAUCUCUCUUACAACUCAGAUUGCACGUAGGGAUGAAGAAAUGGCUCCUUACAUCGCAGAAUCGAAAAGGAACUAUGUAUUUGGUGGGAUUUCUAGUGUUGCUGCUAAUGCAUCAAUAAAGGCACUCGCACUAAUGAAGUCCAUCAACCUGUUGGGAGUUCAACAAAUAUGCAGAAACUCGAUAGCACUAGAACAGGCACUUGCAGCCAUACCUUCCAUUGAUAGUGAGGCAGUCCAACAGAGAUUAGAUCGUGUUCGGACAUUCUAUGAGCUACUAAACCUGCCUUUCGAGUCUUUGCUUGGGUUCAUUGCUGAACAGGAAUAUUUUUUUUCUGCAAAAGAAUACUUGAGCAUACUAAAGGUCAAUGUACCUGGUAGAGAGAUACCAAUGGAUGCUGAACGACGUAUCUCACAGAUUUUGAGUCAUUAAAUUGAAUUGGGCAAGAUGAUUUUAGCUGUAAGUGGUGGCAGAUGUCUCACUGUAUCUUUCUCGGCUUUCUUUGUAGCUGUAGUUAAUUUUGUUAUUUCUGUUUGGUUUUUUUCUUUUGAUGUCUACAGUGUAGGUAAUGUGUUAUUUGUUGUCUCAUUCACUGUAAAUUUGUAGUGCUUUGACUGGAAUGCUCAUUCUUGAUUGUUGUAAAUGUGUAAUCUUUUGGACGUAAUUUUAAUAAAAUUCUCAGAUUCAUGUGUUCCGUUA